CUAAAGUAUCGGUUAUUUGAGCUCCGAAUCCUCCUCCAUUGUCUCCCCUUUUCCUGCAUCUAUUUCUAUCUAAUGGCGUCUUUGAGCGCUCUAUCUGGCCAGGUUUCGAACAUACAUGACGCAAGAAGUCGACGAAACCCUAGCCUCCAUGAAUCUUCUCAGCACUGUCAUUGUUUGAGCAUAAAAGGUAAUCCGAGUAUUGAACGAUCAUUAUCCUGGUCAUAUAUCAGAAAGACCCAUCGAAGUAGAUCUCUUCAACUAUAUGGUCUAUUUGGUGGAAAAAAAGAUAAGAGUGAAAAUUCUGAUGAUGCACCAUCGAAGGCAGGUAUUCUAGGUAAUAUGCAAAAUUUGUAUGAGACAGUUAAAAAAGCCCAAAUGGUAGUCCAAGUGGAAGCAGUCCGUGUUCAGAAAGAACUUGCUGCGGAAGAGUUUGAUGGUUAUUGUGAAGGUGAGCUAAUCAAGGUAACACUUUCAGGCAAUCAGCAACCAGUACGCACUGAAAUCACUGAGGCUGCAAUGGAGUUGGGUGCUGAAAAGGUGGCUUUGCUGGUAACUGAAGCCUACAAGGAUGCACACCAGAAAAGCAUUCAGGCCCUGAAAGAGAGAAUGGGAAAUCUUGCCCAGAGUCUUGGUAUGCCACCUGGCCUCAGUGAAGGGUUCAAGCAAUAGGACUUCACUCAUCCAUUACACUUCAAUUUUGUACACUCAUCUCAUACAACUUUUGUAAGACUCUGUUCAUUAUUGUUUCUAAAACUCAUAACUCGCACGAGAAUUGCUCCUAAAUUUGUUCGGCUUGAAAUCUAAAAUCUAAAUCUUUUUUCUUGGCUUGAAA